AUGGGCGGCAGCGGGCGGCAGCCGUCGGAUGACCACCGGCGGAGGGAUCGCGACAGGCGCAGCAGCAGCGCGGGGAGGGAUUCCAAGCACUCAGUUUGGAAGGGAGGGCGAGACAGGAAGCGAUCGCGCAGCCCGGAGCGCCGCCGCCGAGGCUCCGAGGAUCGCAGCAGGAGCCGCAGGCGGGGCGAAAGGGAUAGGCUGGAUGCGGGGGGCCGGGCGGCUGGCAGGGACUCGCGGGGGCGGUCCGGCGGGAAGGAGCGGCGAUCGCGAGAUGACGGCUGGGAGAGGGCCCGGAAGGCGUCGUCGGAGGGCGGCGGGGCGUCGGCGAGGCAGGACGACCCGACGAGCAAGCGCGCCAGAGUGGGGCACCAGUCGGCGUCGCCGAGAUCGGGGGAGGGUCGCUCUGCCAGGCAUCCAGUACCCACAAGGCUGCUAAGUUUUGGGGAUGAAGUGGAGGAAGGUUCAGACACAGACGACUUCAGCCUGGCACGAAGCACAGCUCAUCGUUUUGCACAUGAGAGAACUCUUGUGCUAUCCACACCCUUGGAUUAUGAAAACCAAGGACCUCAACUGUCGAUGAAGGAUGUCAGCAUAUCUAGAGAGUCAGAUGUUAUGGGUAAUGUGAAGCCUUCCCUCAGUGCCAUCUAUUUGGGCGCUCAUCAGAGCAGGGGCCUUCGUCCUUACAUGGAAGACCGCUGCUGCCUGGUGCCAAAUUUCACGCCAAUGUCCAGGGGCGCCCCUGUGGCAGAUGGCGUCUCGCGCUGCUUUGUGGGCAUCUACGAUGGCCACAACGGGGUCAUGUCUGCUGACAUGGCAGCGGCACGGCUGCACCGAAUGCUGGCGGACGACCCCGUAAUCCGCAUGCACACAGGGGAGGGGCCGCCUGCGAUUGUGAGGGCUGAAGAGGAACAGAUCACAGAGGCGCUGAAGAAGGCCUUCCGCACACUGGAUGAUGAGAUUCUGGGAGAAUCCAGGCAAGAGGAAACUCAAGAUGGGGCGACAGCACUGAUGGCCCUGACAGUAGGUGAAGCAUUGUACAUGGCGCAUGCAGGUGAGUGCCGCUGGAGGCUGUUGUGA